AUGUCCCAUUGUCCCAGAGUUCUAAAUAGUGCAAAACUACUGCAUCCAGGGACCCUACAGGUCUGGCUCUUCCAGGGGCCCUCCUACGGUCGGCGGCGCCCCCAGGUGCCCUUCCACGGGCGUCAGCGCUUACCAGGAGCGCUGGAGUCCCCACAGGCUCUCCCAGUGACAGCCGCCGUUCCAGGGGCCAUCCUAGGGAUGCCGGCCCUCCCAUGGGCGCUCCCUGGGGACGGUGUUGCUUUCAGGGGCCCUUCCAGGGAUUUCGGCUCUUUCAGGAACCCCCCCAGUGGCUCUCCUAGAGAUAGCGGCGCUCCCAGGGCACCUCAGAGGAACGGCGGCGUCCCCAUGGGCCCUGUUAGGGGCGCUGGGGACCUGUCAGAGGCGCUGGAGCCACCAGGGGCGGUCUUAGGAAUAACUGUAAUCCUAGGGGCCUUCUCAGGGAAGACAGCAUCGACAGGGACUCCUCCAGGAACAGCCGAGCUUCCAUGGGCCUCUCAGGGAGGCAACGCUCCAUGGGAACUUCGCAGGGACGGCAACACGCCUAAGGACCCUCACACGGACGGCAGCGUCCCCAUGGGCCCU